ACCACUUGUUCUCAGUUCCAUCACUAUGACAACCCCCAGUGCGGUGGCCUGGACCCCUGAUCUCCAAGCCGUGGACCAGCUCAAGCUCAUCAUUGGUAGUACGUUCUCGUCGAACAACGUCGAACGAAACGCUGCCAAUGAGUCGCUUGUUCUCGCAAAGUCCCAACCACAAAUCGAAAACUAUCUACUCUACAUUCUUGUCAUGGAUGAAUCUGCCAAGCUGGAUGUCCGAGCCGCAAGUGGUAUUAACUUAAAAAACAUAAUUUCCCGGUCGUCCAGCGGAUCUCCCGAAACCCACCAGUUUAUUCUCGAUAACAUCGCCCAUGGUCUCACGUCCCAUGAUAAUAUGGUUAGAAAUACCACCGGAAACGUCAUCACAGCACUUUUCUCCAAGUAUGGACUUGCAGGCUGGCCUCAGGUGCUACCCAGUCUUGUGAACUUGGCUAAGCUGGCGGAUCCCACUGCUGCAGACACAAAAAUCGCUGAUGCCGCCAUGAGCGCACUCGCCAAGAUCUGUGAAGACAGUCACUAUAAACUCAACGUGGAGCUUGAAGGGGAACGGCCGUUGGACUACUUGAUGGCCAGCUUUAUUGAGUUGCUUGAAUCGUGCUCCAACCGUGUCAAAGCUUUAAGUAUCGAGUGUAUUGACUAUUUCAUACCUCAUCGCUCUCAAAGCGUGCUUGUGGUACUUGAUGUGUUUCUCCAAAAGCUCUUCCAAUUGGCUCACAAUUCCAACAAGGAUGUCAAGAAGAGUGUCUGCAAGGCAUUUGCGUCAGUUUUGGAGGCUCGGGGUGAUAAAUUGUUACCUCAUGUUGACGGGGUCAUUACCUACUGCCUACACUUGAUGGAAGAUGAAGAUGAAGAGGUUGCUCUUGAAGCCUGUGAGUUCCUCCUUGCAUUAUCGACGUCACCCGAGGUGGAACAGAACCCAGAAAUAUUCCGAGGUCGUCUCCAUGACGUUCUUCCUGCUUUGUUGGAGAAAAUGGUGUAUUCAGAAGAAGAGAUCUUUUUCAUGAAUUUGGUUGACGAAAAGGACGAUGCUACCGUUGCUGAUAAUGAAGAAGAUAUUCGGCCUCAGGCAGCCAAACUGAAGGAAUCACAUAAGGCUGCCAGUAAGAGUGGGAAUAAGAAUAACCUGUAUGAUGAUAAUGACGAUUCCGACGAUGAAGACUUCGAAGAUGACAGCGAUGACGACUCAGAGCUCGACCAGUGGAGUAUACGGAAGUGUUCUGCUGCAUGCUUGGAUGUUUUGUCAUUAAACUUGCAGUCUGAAGUGUUGGAAGUUACGUUGCCCAUAUUGCAAGAAAGAAUUGUUUCGUCACACAAGAGCUGUAUGGAAUUAUCUCGUGACAAGCUUCCCACCCUCGUGCCGUUCUUGGUUGACCGUUUACAAGACGAUGAACCCCGAGUUCGUCAAAUCACCUGUUGGACCAUCUCACGGUUCUCGUCAUGGGUGGCUGAGGAAGCUCAUGAAGGGGGCCACUACUCUCUGUACUUUGAUCCUACCUUCACAUCUAUUUUAAAGUGUGCAUUGGACCGGAAAAAAGUUGUUCAGGAAGCAGCCUGUUCAGCCCUUUCCUCAUUCAUUGAGGAAACCGAUCCCACCUUGAUUGAAAUGUACUUGGUACCGUUGUUACAGCACUUUGCCAAGUGUUUCAGCACCUACCAACGUAAAAACCUCAUUAUCUUGUAUGACUGUGUACAAACGUUUGUUGAGGCCAUGGGCCACGAAAGAUUGGCUGCAAAACAGGAGUAUGUGGAGGUGUUGUUACCUCCAUUGUUGCACAAAUGGGAACUUUUGGAUGAUAAUGACACGGCAUUAUGGCCAUUGUUGGAGUGUAUGGCAUCAAUUGCUGCCACUCUUGGUGAGUUGUUUGCUCCCUACGCCAUGCCGGUGUAUGGACGGGCCGUCAACAUUCUUACAAACACCAUCCACACCGAUCUCCAGUCGCAGACAGAUCCGUCCAUCGACUUGCCCGAAAAAGACUUCAUGGUGACUUCGUUGGACUUAAUUGACGGGUUGAUCCAGGGGUUCGGAUCCCAUUCCCUUGAGCUUAUCCAGAGUAACCGUAUCAACCUCAUGGAGUUGGUUCUUCAAUGUUUCGAAGAUUCCACCGACGAUGUUCGGCAAUCUGCAUAUGCCUUGCUUGGAGACUUGGCCAUCUUUGUGUUGGAUGCCACGGUGGUUCCCUAUUUGAACCAGAUCAUGGUGUGUAUUGGGAACGAGAUCAACACCCGCAACUUCAACUCGUAUCCGGUUUAUAACAAUGCCAUCUGGUCGCUUGGGGAGAUCUGUAUGCGUCUCUCGUAUGAGCAGUUGAAGCCAUAUUUGGCCAACUUGGUGAGUUUAUUGAUUCCGGUGUUGAACUCAAUGGAUACUCCCCAAACGGUAUUGGAAAAUGCAGCCAUCUGUCUCGGAAGAAUGGGGCUUCAUGGAGGAGCAGAGGUGGUGGGUCCUCGGUUGCCGGAGUUCAUUGUGCAAUGGUGUGCUCAUAUGCUUUACUUGAUGGAUGACAGCGAAAAGGAAACUGGCUUUAAAGGAAUGUUAAAUACCAUUGCCUCCAACCCUGAUCAAGGAUUCGGAGGCUUGUCGACACUCCAGGGAAAGAAGAACCUAUCCACGUUCAUCUCCACCGUUGCCAACUACUUUGAGCCACCUGAAGACCUCAAACACUCGUUUUCGCAGCUUCUUCAAAGCUAUAGUGGCUUACUUGGUGAGAACUUCAACACCCAGGUGUUGAACCAUUUGGACCAGGAGUCCCGACGCCUGCUUUAUGAGAUGUAUGGCAUCUAGGCUUCUGCAUCUUUUAGCAUCAUGUAUUUUAGAGUUGGGCUCAUGUAUAUUUAUAUAGAAUUUAUUGUCGUAACUCAUUGCACCUCAUUAGUCAAGUUCAUCAAAAUCCUCCUCGUAGUCUCCAUACAAAACCUCGUUGGCUAUAGUCACCGGCAAGUCGCACACGCCCGACGGGGAUUUGUGGAUAUACUGGGCCAUUUCGGCGUUCAUGGUUUCGAAAUCAUACUUUUCACUUCCUGGCAUCACGCUGUGCUCAUCGAUAAAGUUGCGAAUGUCAUUGAGUUGGAGGGUUUUGAUUUCUACCUCGUACAAUGUGUGGCCCACGUAACUGAAGAGCAUUGCCAUCAAGAAGAAUGCUGGCACUGCAGAUGUCCAGUAUUUGUCGGGGAAAUAGUCAAAUCCAAGAUGCUGUACAAAGAACUCGGUGGGUACAAAACACCAGAGAACAAAGCACGAGAGCAACACGGCGCUCACGACGCUGGUGGAAAACCCCACAUACUCCGCGAGUUCAGGGUUCUGGUUCAGGACCGUGACGUCCGACUGUCGAGCAAGGCUAUCUUCUGUGGUGGAUAAGUCUGCCAUGAGAACAACACAGAGUGAGUGCGACUAAGAUGAAUGGGGCGCGAGCGCGGGACCGUUUUGUGAGUUCGUCUUCUGCGGUACAGCGA